AUGGCUGAUUCAAAGUUCAGAGGUUGGGGCCUUGACCUUAUAGGUAAAGUCAAUCCACCAUCAAGUGAAGGCCAUCACUGGGUGAUUGUUGCCACGGAUUACUUUACUAACUGGGUUGAGGCUAAAGCUUGCAAAACGGUUGAUCAACAAACAGUGAUUAACUUCAUGGAACAACAUAUUGUCCAUAGAUUUGGAAUUCCAGAAACAUUUGUUUCAGACAAUGCAACAGUGUUCAGGGCAGUUGAUGUGCUACAAUUCGGCCAUAAUAUGAACAUUCAUAUGUCAGCCUCUACACCAUACUAUGCUCAAGCAAAUGGUCAGGCCGAGUCCUCAAACAAAAUUUUGAUAGAGAUCAUUGAAAAAAUGAUCAAAGAUAAACCAAAAAGAUGGCAUAAGACUUUAUCUGAGGCUCUAUGGGCCUAUAGAAAUUCAAAGAGAACAGGCAUAGGGGUUACACCAUAUAUGUUGACUUAUGGCCAUGAUACUGUUCUGCCUAUGGAAAUGAAGGUUAGAUCGGCCAGGGUUGCAUUCCAAAAUAAUUUAACUUUGGCCGAUUAUACUCAAGCAAUGUUGACAGAGUUGGAAGAGUUGGAUGAAGUUAAGCUGGAUGCUUUGGAUCAUAUCAUAGCUCACAAAAGAAAGGUAAUGAGGAUCUACAAUAAAAAGGGUAAAACCUAA